AUGGGCAAAAUCCCAACCGAAUACAGCCACCAGCAGCUCGUGGAUGAGAUGGCUAAGCUAAGUAAGCUGCCUAUGGAGCAGCGGAUGAAAAUAGCUAAAAAUAAACGACUGGAACAGCUUAAGCUAUAUCAAUCCAGCAAUAGCAACAGCCGCAACAACAAUAGGUAUGUUGACAAUGAGUAUGUGCCAAGAAAAGGGAGCAAUAGGGAGACAAAAAUUUCGUUUGACAAGACUGCAUUGUUGUUCGAUGCAGCUGCUAAAAGUGAUAUUAAAGAAGUUCGCUAUCUCAUCACCACCGGAAAUUGCGACAAAGACGCGACUAACUGUCACGGUAUGACCGUCCUACACCAAUCAUGUGUGGACCACAACCUUGCACUAAUCCAUAUACUGAUCAAGGAGCUUAGGGCUGACGUCAUGAAGGCCGACCACGAAAUGUGGACCCCCCUCCAUACGGCUGCCCUUCUGGGGUACGCCGACAUCGCCAAGUUCCUAUUGGAUAAUGGCGCUGACCCCUUAUCCCUAAAUGCCGAACUAAACAUGCCCUAUGACAUUUGUGAUGACCCGGACACCUUGGAUAUCAUCGAACUGAUUUUUUUUGGGAGAGGAGUAACCCAAAACAGAAUUGAAGAACUUCGAAACAAGAGCGAAUCUGCCAUGCUGAGCGAUUUAACGAGUGAAUGGAAUAAAUUCGGAAGGCUGUCUUUUCAAGGAGACAACGGGGAAACCCUGGUUAGAUUACUACUACUACUAUACUACUACCACUAG